AUGGCAUUGGCAGCCCAGCCUAAGAACCUGCAGAUUGAGAAUGUUGUUUUGAACCUUCCUAGGAACAUUCGGUGCAACAAGUGUAGGAAUACCAUGGCCAAAGACACCAAGAUCAAUUCCCGCAAAGAAAAAUCCUCCGGCAACUUGGAGUAUUUGGGGAUUAAAAACACCAAAUUUCACUUCAGUUGUACCCAGUGCUCGGCUGGGAUCGUCUUAAGGACAAACCCACAAUUGUCACGCGUUCUUUGUGAGUCCGAUGAUACACUAUUUUGUGGUGAUCAACUUCUCUGA